AUGGCCGAGAACACUUCAACCCCUUCUCAAUCUUUCGAGAUUAUUUCCUCCCUUCGAUAUGACCCAGGUCUUCCAGAUGCAGCCUGUCGCCAUGCGUCAAAUUAUCCCGAUCCUCAGAACUCUCCCUAUUAUCUCCUUGCCUAUCAUCGUGACCGGCUGAUAGCUACCGCGAGACAUUUCCGAUGGAACGAGGCUUUGGAUUGGCUGGAACAAGAUCCACAAAGACUCGAGGAAUUCCUCGACGCGUCCAUACCAGAUCGGAGCAAGGCGUGGCGGCUUCGCAUUGUAGUGAACAGCAAAGGAAAAGCGAGAGUUGAGGCGAAUCCAACUGCGAGCGUUGAUAUGAUGACUCUGUUCAUUCCCUCACUGCAUCCAAACUCAAGUCUACCAGUAUGGCGCGUCUAUGUCGAUACCCAGUCAACAACUCCUUCCGGCUUCACUACACAUAAAACUACCGCGCGCGAUGAAUACACGUCUGCUCGUCUGAGAGCGGGAAUCAUCUCGCCGGCGGAAUCAGCGGAGGUACUGGUUGUGAAUCCGGAUGGCGAAGUCAUGGAGGGUAGCAUCACCACGCCGUACUUCUUACGGGGCAAUAUGUGGAUCACGCCUCCACUGAGUAGCGGCGGCAAUGCAGGUACAACUCGGAGAUAUGCGUUGUCACAAGGUUUCUGUCUUGAACAGACUAUAUCACGCGAUGAGCUCGUGGAUGGCGAAUUUUGUUGGUUGAGCAACGGCGUAAGAGGGUUCAUGCGAGGCCAGAUCGUGGCCAAGUAA